UUUCUCACAGCGAGAUGAGCGAGGGGGGUGAGGGAUGGGAGGCGUAGGCAAGCGAGGAUGUUUUUUUGUGUGUUUACCGAGCUCACCAGCUAGUUUAGCCGUGUGAAUAUCUCGGGCCCUCCUUGUAGCUAAAGCAAAGCCAAGCGAACAAAAGGAGAACAAUUUAAUGGAGGCGAGUGAAGCUAGCUCACCCCCCCCCCACACCCCCCUUGUCUUGUUUGCGUUAGCCAUGUUUGUUUACAGCCCACGACGCUGUUGACAGCUGGUUCAGGUGCGGUGUGACACACGCGGGGUAAUGAAGGGACACCUUACUUUAACAGAUAUCUACCAAUCUAGCAUUUUAAACAUUCCCCUGCUAUCGUCAGCUAGCUGCUAGCAAUGCCACAGCUUGUGCCCCUCGUCUAAAAAAUGGCUCUCAGGGCACUGAAACGUUGACUUUUUGAUGCACUUUUAAGUUUCCAGACAGCAGCAGCAGCAGCCUGUGGGAUCUGAAAAAUUAUGGACGAUUCCCAUUUCAACUCAUCGUACUUUUGGUCUCCCGUCCCCACUGUACAAGGACAGAUCGAGAACGCCAUGUUCCUGAACAAGGCGAAGGAGCAGCUGGGUCAAGAGAAGGCCAAUGCAGCCUCCUUCCCCCACGCCUCUGCGUCUUCCACCUCCUCCCCCCACUACCCCAUGGCCGUGCUCGCCAUCCCCGGCUCAGUGGACGCAGGGGCGGGAGCGCGAGUGGUCCCCAAACAGGAAGGAGCUGGAGGAGGAGGAGGGGGUGGCAACAGUUUAGUCGGAGGACACCUGCACCAGUCGCACACCUCGCAGAACAUCACUGUUGUGCCUGUUUCCUCCACGGGUAUCAUGACCGCAGCGGGGUUAGUGAUCACCACCCCUCAAGGCACGCUGCUGCCCACGUCCUCCACACAGUCAUUUGUAACCGGACACCCCACUGCCACCACCAUGAUAGUGUCUGCGCUGCACCAGUCGAAUACAGACAAGAAGGAAAACAUUGGAAACCCUUCUGCUGUUGUCAUGCCGACGCCAUCAAAGCGAGGCAGGAAGAGCAAACAGCUGAUGGGAAGGUUGGCGGGCGUGGGAGGGGUCCUCCCUCCGGGAAGCGAUGCGUUGAUAUUGGCUCACCUCGCUGCUGGAGGACAGCAUCACUCUGUGGAUCCAUACGAUAUAUCCAAUGAUGAAGAUGAUCAUCCCAGCAAAGACGGACCCAAAUCCUACAGGUGUCGGAUGUGUGCAUUGACAUUCUUCAGCAAGUCCGACAUGCAGAUCCACGCCAAGUCGCACACUGAGGCCAAGCCCCACAAGUGCCCCCACUGCUCCAAGUCGUUUGCCAACUCCAGCUACCUGUCCCAGCACAUCCGCAUCCACAGCGGGGCCAAGCCCUACUCCUGCACCUACUGCCAGAAAACCUUCAGGCAGCUCAGUCACCUCCAGCAGCACACACGGAUUCACACCGGUGACCGACCGUACAAGUGUAGCCAUCCCGGCUGUGAAAAAGCUUUCACUCAGCUGUCCAACCUGCAGUCUCACCGUCGGCAGCACAACAAAGACAAGCCGUACAAGUGCCACAACUGUAACCGUGGUUACACGGAUGCUGCCAGCCUGGAGGUGCACCUGUCCACGCACACCGUCAAGCACGCCAAGCUGUUCUCCUGUGGCCUUUGUAACCGGUCGUACACCUCGGAGACGUAUUUAAUGAAACACAUGAGGAAGCACAACCCCGACCCGCUAACAGUGGCAGCAACAGUCGCUGCUCAGCAGGCGCAGGGCCUCACGCCAGGCAGGGGCCGAGGACGUGGUCGAGGGAGAGGAGGUGGCGGGGGCAGAGCGGGGCAGCUCCAAAACCAGACCAACCCUAACAACACCAACCAGAACCCUAACCCUGGACCCCCAGGAGGCUACCCUCAGCAGCACUCGGAAGCUGUGGUUCAGUGCCCGUUUGACCUUCACCAGUACAAGACGGUGGCUGCCGGCGAGAUCCAGUACAAACCAGUCAGUGUGGGAGACCUGCCAGUGACCCACAAAGACCUCUGCCUCACUGUCUCCACAUCAGCCAUACAGGUGGAGCACAUGAACUCAUAGACUGCGUUUUCCUACUCUGUUUGAGAGAUAACUAAUCGUGUCUGAAGUGUAAAAAAAAAAAAAAAGGUCCAUAUGAGCAAGUAAUUAAACUGCAUUCAGUAUUUUAGUCGUCUGAAGAAAGAAAAAAAAAAAAGUCUGAGAAAAUAUUCAAACCAUCCGCUUUAUUAAGUGGAAUCAGUUCAGACUCUCUUCCUUCUGACUCUUAAGAUGAGCUAACAGAGUACCUUAAAACCCCGAUUAUAAAUCCCACAGACCUGAGCUACCGCCAUGAUGAGCUCUGCGCCUCGGGUUGUGAAGUACAGACUCACAGCCCUCGACUGCUCCCCUCCGCUGAGCUCUUGUUCUCUUUAAUGGGAGCCUUUCAAUCAAACCAGCACUUCACCGGGUAUAUUGUUGAACAGUAUACCUCUGCUUUCUUUAAGUGCAGGUUUAUAACCUAGGUCCAGGUCGUUCUGUAUCCCAGUACACUUUGCACGGUGUAGCGGCGGCUUACGGUACAUGAUGAUUGGGGUGAGUUUUCAAUCGGGUCAGGUCGUGUGCAUUGAGUCAUGGUGGAGGCUGCGCUUGGAGUCAUGGCGGUGCAUAUCUCAGCAUUUUCUACUGGUUUGUUGGGGGUAACGGUACGUAGGACGCAGCUUACCUUUGAGGUGGAGAAAUGCGUCUUAUACACCCAAUUGUACGAUCAUUAUCAAGGAUACAAGCAAAAGUCAAAUUCCCCCAAAGGUCCGUUUUUUUUCUUUUGUUUUAAGAUGUUUUAAUGCUGAGUGCAACGUGAAAUUACUUGUCAUAACAGAUAUUUUACAACGCGCUUCUUGAUUCCUGAGCCCACUCGUGCCAAGUAUCUCUCAGACUAAAAACUGCUACAGGUAGCGCAAGUCGUUCAAAUCUUCAGCAUGCAGCCAAAUUCAGUUUGAGCUUUUAUAUGAUUGUGAAUUAGAAUAUAUUCAUACCUGAACUUCUCCUAAGAAUCUUGAGUCUAACCAGCAGCUCUUCUCUGGGAAUCAAACGAGGCUCGCUCGUGUCUCUUUUGACUGCGUUGUUUGCAGUGGGCAUCACUGGAGGAUGAAGAUGUAAAAUAUCUGUAGAGUAAAAAAAAAUGACUCUUUUCUCUGCACAUCAAUGAUCCAGAGGACGGCGUUAUUUUGAACAUAUUUAGAUCAUAUUAACCUGAACAUUCUCCGCUCUUUAGUUCAAGCCAAAACAAGAGAGAGAAACACGAGGAGUCAGAGAUGAGAAACUGUGGAGUUUUGAAAUGUCAGCGGAGAAGGACGUAUUGUAUUGUUUCAAAAUGGAGAAAUGACUCAAUAAAAAAAAAAGUUUAAAUGGCUUUUGAAUGACACCAUCGACGUGCCGAGGAGGAGAAAGGCAGAGUGUGUGCCUGAGUAAAGACAACAAGAGAAGAAGCUCUGCAGAAAGAAAAGGAUGAGAUGCUUUUUAGGGUGAAACCUGGACCUGAAUCUCAACGAGUGCAUUUGACAUCUCCUUACUUACACCCUCCUCCCUUCAGACAACGAGGAGACGAGGAUCUGAGUCUUUAUCGGAGCCCAAAGUUUGGGAUGAAAGAGGUUCAAGAAUGCACUAAAUUUGAGGAACCUGCAGCAGAACGAGAUGGAAACAGGAGAGGAAAGGGGGGCUGGUGGGGCGGGAGGGGUCCUAAAGAAAGCACUUGAUGAAGCUCGUACUUCACGCCUGUUUGUCAUCAUUUUACUUUUUUUUAUAUAUCAUGUAUGUAUUUUUCUACCAACAGAGGAACGCGUGAACAAACUCGGAGAGAAAGCAAAGUGAACGCAUGAAUAUGAAGGGAACAGAGAAAACAGAGAGCCCCCCCCCCCCCUUAUUUGUGUUAUUAUACAAAGAGAGACAGUUUACUAUCCUCCAAUGGGUACAGCCCGACUCAUCAUUUCAGGGCGGUUUUUGGGGGGAAUAUUGAUUGUGUGAAAAAAUGGCUGACAGGUACUGUUAUCAAUCUUUUUUUUUUUUUUAAAGAACUUUUCAUACAUAUUAUUACUACUCUCAUUAUUACUGUAUUGCAAAUGUUAUCCACAUUAUUAUCAAUCUGAGGCAUUAUUGUAUUGCAGUAUGCUGUACAUAAAAUAGAUAGAAAAUACUUUUUCAUCCUUAAAAGGGAAGUUUGUCUCAUGUAAAGCUUAUAUGGAAACUUAAGGAACUCAAUCUGACAUGUUUAAAAUCACCGGCUGUGUCCCAGGUCACCUUUAGAGCUGACGGACCCUCGCUGAAGACGUUUUGAUUUCUUACUGGACAACGUGUUUCUCUCUUUAAGUGACAAGCUGUGCAUCAUUUCCUGAAACUUCAUAGUGCUCAGGAGUAUUUUUUUUUUUUUUGUGCAGAUGAGCUAUAUGUUCAAUUUGUAGGAGACAGACAUGAGGACUGCAGAGGCUGCUCAGAGAGGCCUUCCCUGUACAAGUGGACACAGUGUUGUCCUUUUCAUAUUGCCAGUUCAAGGCGCAUUCUUUACACCCCUGUGAUGUCUCGUCUUUAGCUGUGAACGUCCCAGAGGCGUAACAGUGGGACUGAGUCGACCCACUUCUGUGCCUGCAUCUGAGGUAGUAACAGAGGCGUUACAGGGACGAGAAGGUAUCAUUGUGUGCGCUUCCAUGUGGAGCCCUCUGUGUUUCUUGUUUUGGACACGAUGUUAGAUAACAGCCUGCGACUCCAAUAGGAUGCGGCUGUGGAAACAACAGCUCUUUACCAUAACGAAGUUCUACCAUCAUUGGUGUCCCAGUGUGGGAAUUCACAUUGCAUUAUGGCGUUGUGGAAAACCAAGCGGCACAGGGAACACAGCAGGAGCUUCACAUGCACACGUACUCAGAUAUGCACAACCCCCCCCCCCUUUACGCCUCUGUUACAACCUCCGAUGGCGGAUCAGAGGCGGAACGACCUUGCAUCACCAUUCUGCAUCUAUGCGUUAAAACAUAGCACGGGACGCAUGGCGGGGGUCUAAGUUUCCCGCCUUCACCUCGCAGUCUGUCAGCGGCCCGUUGUGACGGUGUUGCUGAAUCACAAUCUGAAAAAAAAGGGCUCAUCGCUUCACUCAGAGAACCGUGGUUAUCAUGUAACCCGGUGAUACUCUAAUUAUGAAUCGACCGGAAAUGGUUCGACCUUAGUGACUGUAAGUUUAAUUAAAAGAGAAAAGCCUUUCAUGAAGAGGUCACAAGGUCAUCAGGAUCAUCAGGAUACAAAACCUUCAAGAAUUCUUCAAAGAAUUCCACAAUUCAGCGUUUAUACUGAUAUCACAAAGUCUGCUGCCAUACUUCUGUAUUUUCUAAAUUAAACACAGUUGCCUCCGAACUUUGGGAGAGGAUACUAUCUGCCCAUUUAAAACAAUCAGUUUAAAAAAACCAACACAGACCGUUUUGAUCUGAAAUGAUCUGAAGGUUUAUAUCAAUGAUUCAUGGUUUGAAAACCAGACUGACGUGGCUGACCUGGGUGACCUGGGACACGGCAGACAUGUUUUUGUACACAAGCUGUUUGUUCUCAUUCAAAAUGUUCAAGCGGCCCAUUCCACUGGCUGACAGUCUUCAUGUAUACUCCUUGUAUUUCAUUGUGUCUUUUUAUGGAAGAUAACACCUUCUCAAUACUCAUGUUAAUGUUAUUACUGAUGCUCCUGAUAGAAAUAAUACGUUCUUCAUCUGCCCUCUUAUGCUACACUCUCGCAUACUGUACGCACAGUUACACCUCUUGCUCAUCUGAACAGACUGUUUCUUCCCAUAAGGAGAAUAAAGUUUCAAAACAAACUAUGAUGAAAAUAAA